GGCAUGAAGGCCGCCCAGGCUGCAAGUGAGGAGGUGCCGCCAGGAGUGCGGUCCGCCAAGGUGGUCCUGGUGGGCGACGGGGGCUGCGGGAAGACGUCCUUGCUGAUGGUCUUCGCAGAAGGGGCCUUCCCAGAGAACUACACCCCCACGGUGUUUGAGCGAUAUGCCAUCAAUCUGCAAAUAAAGGGCAAACCUGUGCGUCUCCAGAUCUGGGACACAGCAGGACAAGAUGACUAUGACCGCCUGAGGCCCCUGUUCUACCCUGAGGCCAGCGUCCUGCUGCUCUGCUUCGAUGUCACCAGCCCCCACAGCUUCAACAACGUCUUUGACCGGUGGUACCCGGAGGUGAGUCAUUUCUGUAAGAAGACCCCCAUCUUGGUUGUGGGUUGUAAGACGGACCUGCGCAAGGACAAGACACUGGUGAAGAAGCUUCGGAAAAACAAACUGGAACCAGUGACCUACCACCGGGGCCAGGAGAUGGCGAGGUCCGUGGGUGCGGUAGCCUACCUAGAGUGCUCUGCCAGGCUCCAAGACAAUGUCCAGGCCGUCUUCCAGGAAGCAGCUAAGGUGGCCCUCAGCAGCCACAGUCAAAACUUUUGGCGUCGGAUUACCCGGAGCCUUUGUGUGCUGACCUGA